AUGCUCUUCCAAUCUUCUCUUCGUUGGCUUCUUAUGGCUGCUGCUGCAACGGCUACGCCAUUCCUCGAGCCGCGAGGUGUCUCUGAGGGCUUCACUGGAGAGGUUGAACUCUUCAAGCGUGGGGCGAAUCUCGAGGCACGGGAUCUCCAGCUCGCCGAGGCUCAUGGUGUGAACCUGACUGAAAUGCAUAAACACUCAGUCCUUAAGCGCCAUGAUGGAGACCAUGUUACCAUCUGGGUUCACAGUGGCAUCGAAGAUAUCGAAGGCAGCAAAAUCGAAAAACGACAGAGAGCUCGGAAUGACGCAGGAGGGCGAUUCAAAACUGGGGGUCGCUAUAGUGACUUCUGUUAUUCUCACGAUAGGAAGAAGCCAAAGCUCGACAAGAACUCCCCAACUUCGGGGGGUGUGGAAGCCAUGAGAUCGUGGGCAAGGAAUACGAAGGGCUACUGGCAGCUUACUGCAGAUGAUCGGACCUGGUUGGAUCUGGUAGUCGCUGGAUCCAAUGGGGGAGCUAAUGCGAAGUACAGGAUUAAGAUCAUAGAAGUAGACACUCGGUAUAUUGGCAUGGGUACAGAUGAUGUUGCGGCUGAUGCUGAUUUCACCAGGAAUGAGAAUUUCGUCAAGAUCGAGGGCAAAUGGAGGAGCGCGUCUUACGGCUGGGAAACCUGUGCUGGUCGAGAGGGAACUGCGCCGAAUGAAUACCCUAAUGAUUUACAAUUCAUGGGACGCUGGAGAGCUCGAGUCAACUUUGAGAUCGGACCUACAGGAAAGAAUGUCUAG